AUGAUAUUCGCCAACGGAAUUGGCAAGAUUGAUUGGACCAGAAUGGUGGUAGCUGGGCAGGUGGCUGAUUUGAAAUAUGGAGGUCAUGAUCAAUCUGAUACUGGAUUGGAAAAACUUGAGUACAUUCAUCUUCAUAAGACUGCAACCGUGUUGGAGGCUUCUGCUAUCGUGGUGCAUGAGGAAAUCAAAAGGCUGAGAAAGCAUUCGAGAUGUGUCAGAUUGUUGUUUCGGGUGAUGGAUGAUAUUCUUGAUGUAACUAUGUCUCCUCAAGAACUGGCGAAAACUGCAGAUUGCUUGCUAAUGAACUUUUGCAAAGUUGAUUGGCAUUGA